AUGCCGUUACGUCUGAGUCAAACAUCCAUUUUUUGUGGCUGGCUCCGGUUGGGGAUGGUGACCAAAUAUCCAAAUUUUCAGAUCGAUAUUUUUUGGGAAAACGUUCCCCACAUUCUAAAACCCAUCUUUGCAAAAAAAAUAUUUUCUUCAUUUCAGGGGGCCGCCAUCGAUUCAGUGCACCAUCCGUCAGUUUAAGGC